AUGGCUCCAGAAGCUUUACCACAGCCCUUGGGCGCUGAUCGCAAACCUGCCGUCACCGAUGAGGAGCGGUUCGUCAGUCCGGAACGUGAUUUCCAAGGGCUCCAUGAGGCCGACUUUGUGACGCACAAUGAACAGCAGGAUCUCAGGCGUGGUCUCCAUCAGAGGCAUAUCUCUUUGAUUGCGAUCGCCGGUGCCAUUGGUACAGGGCUGUUUCUCGGUCUUGGUGGAUCAAUUCAGACCGGCGGCCCGCUGGGAUCUCUGCUCGGGUACUUUACGGUCGGCCUCAUUGUAUGCGCGGUCCAAUUUGCUCUCGGAGAGGUCGCAGCCUUGCUGCCAGUUACAGGUUCCUUUGUGCGCCAUGCAGAAGUCCUUGUCGAUCCGGCACUUGGGUUUGCCAUCGGCUACAACCUCGUCUACGGCAACCUGCUUUCAAUCCCGGCAGAAAUCAGUGCGGUGUGCGUGCUGUUCCACUACUGGACCGACAUCAACUCUACUUUGUGGAUCCUUAUCUUCAUCGCCCUGACCUUCGCCAUCGGCAUCUCGUUCAUCGGGAUCUACGGCGAGGUAGAAUUCUGGUUUGCUUUGCUCAAGAUCCUUUUCAUCAUCUUCCUCAUCAUUCUGGGCCUUGUGAUCGACCUCGGCGGCGUACCUGGCACACCGCGCAUUGGCUUCAGGUACUGGAACACCCCGGGCCCCUUCGUUGAGUAUAUUGCGACCGGCAAAUGGGGCCAUUUCCUGGGCUACUGGUCGGUGAUGACCAACGCCGUGUUCAGCUUCGCCGGCACCGAGAGCAUAGCCAUGGCUGCUGCAGAAACAAAAAAUCCCCGCGUUACCAUUCCGAAAGCGUGUAAGAGAGUGUUCGCCCGAGUCGCCACGUUCUACAUGCUGGCAGUCCUGGUGGUUGGAAUGCUUGUGCCGAGUGACGACCCUCGCCUGAACGACUACUCCGGCACAGCUGCACAGAGCCCCUUUGUCAUCGCAGCCAGCGCAGCUGGCCUCAAAGGCGUGCCCUCAGUGGUCAACGCGAUCGUCAUCACUUCUGCCUGGUCCUCAUCAAACCAAGCGUUGCUCUCAGGCACUCGCGUCCUCUACGGCCUCGCAUUGAAGCGCCAAGCGCCCAAGAUCUUCCUGCGGACCACCCCUUGGGGCGUGCCGUACAUGUGCGUCCUCUUGAACACGGCAUUCAUGUUUCUGGCGUUCAUGACUUUGUCCGAGGGUGCCAUGACGGUGUUCUGGUGGUUCGUCGACCUCACGGCUUGUGGCGUGCUCAUCUCCUGGAUCACCGUGCUGGUGAAUCAUCUCAGGCUCAUCCUCGCGAUGAAGAAGCAGAAUCUGCCGCUCUCGAGCUUGCCUUGGCAUAAUCGGUGGACUGAGUAUUCCACGCCAGUUGCGCUGGUAAUGUGCGUCCUCAUCCUUUUCACCGGUGGCUUCAUGGUCUUUACGAGAGGGAAUUGGUCAGCCAGCGGGUUCAUCUCGUCUUACUUAGAUAUCCCGCUAGUGCUCACCGCAUACCUCGCGUGGAAGUUCUACAAAAAGACGAGCAUUAUCAGUCUGGCUGAUAUUCCCUUGACCGAGGCCCUGGAGAGGGCCGCCCGCGAUAUCGAACCCGAGGAGAAGCUACCGACAUGGCGCAAGGUUGUGGGAUUCUUGUGGGAUUGA